GCCAAAUGAAAUGCUGAUACCUUUCUCCUUAGGCCUCCAUUUUGCUCCCAAGAAUACCCAUAUCAAGGAUGACCCACAAAAGGAUUGGAAUUCAUUAAUCAAAAACCAAACCAACUUAAAAAAUGACCAUGCAAUUCUCUCUACAUAUUCCCGCAUGGAAUCUCUGGGUUUAACACCCAAUAGGGCCGCUUUGCCUUUGGUUUUAAAGGCAUGUGUGAAGCUAAACGCCGUUGAAACUGGCAAGAGAAUACACUUGAGUAUUCGAAAUACCAACCUGAUUGAAGAUGUUCGAGUUGGGACUGCCAUUAUUUAUUUUUACUGUAAGUGUGGAUUUAUUGAAGAGGCGCGUAAGGUGUUUGAUGAAAUGGUUGAGAGGGAUUUGGUUUCGUGGAAUGCGAUGAUAUCAGGGUAUGCCGGGUGUGGGGAAUUUGAGGAAGUGGUUUUUUUGGUGAUGAGGAUGCAAAGAGAGGGUUUUAGGCCGAAUUCGCGGACUUUGGUAGCCAUGCUUUUAGCAUGUCAGGAGGUUGCAGAAGUGAGGUUAGGAAAGGAGAUCCAUGGUUAUUGUUUGAGGAAUGGAUUGUUUGAUUUGGAUCCUCAUGUUGGUACUGCUUUGAUUGGGUUUUAUUUGAGUUUUAAUGUCAGGGCCUCGCAUACUGUGUUUGAUUUGAUGGCUGUAAGGAAUACUGUUUGCUGGAAUGCUAUGAUUAAGGGGUAUUUUGAUAUUGGAGAAUCCUUGAAAGCUUUGAAACUUUUUGAGAAAAUGCUCAUGGAUGGAGUUGAAUUUGAUUCUGUUACAAUGUUGGCUCUUAUUCAGGCCUGUGCAGAAUUUGGAUCUCUUGAAUUAGGUAGUCAAAUUCACCAAAUGGCCAUUAAGUGUAGUUUUAGCAAUGACUUGUUCAUAGUUAAUGCAUUACUUAAUAUGUAUGCAGAUAUUGGAAGUUUGAAAUCAGCUUGUAAAUUAUUUGAUGUCACCCCCAGACAUGAUGUUGCGCUUUGGAAUUCUAUGAUAUCUGCAUAUUUUGAAUACAGCUGUAAUGAGGAAGCCACUAGUUUGUUUGUUCACAUGCGAACUGAAGGCAACAAAGAAGAUGACAGAACUAUUGUUAUUAUGUUUUCUUUAUGUGCUGAAUCAGCUGAUGGUUUGAGAAAGGGUAAAAGUUUACAUGCUUAUGCAAGCAAGAGUGGUAUGAGGAUGGAUGUUAAUCUAGGGAAUGCGAUGUUAAAUAUGUAUGCUCAACAGAAUUGUAUAGAUUCUGUCCAAAAGGUUUUUAGUGAGAUGAGUAAUGUAGAUGUAAUCUCAUUUAACACAGUGAUUUUAGCUCUGGCCCGUAACAAAUUGGGAAGUGAGGCAUGGGAAGUCUUUGGUUUAAUGUGGGAAUUGGAUGUUGAACCUAACUCUUACACAAUAAUUUCAAUCCUUGCUGCUUGCAAAGAUGAAACUUGCCUUAAUAUUGGGAGAUCACUUCAUGGUUUUGUGAUAAAGCAGGGGAUAGAAGUAAACGUAUCCUUGAACACUGCGCUUACUGAUAUGUAUAUUAACUGCGGUGAUGAAGCAACAGCUAGGAAUCUUUUUGAGAGCUGUCCGGGAAGAGAUUUGAUCUCAUGGAAUGCUUUGAUUGCCACCUAUGUUAAAAACAACCUCGCUCAUGAAGCUUUUCUAGUUUUUAGCCGCAUGAUUUCAGAAGUGGAGCCCAACUCAGUUACAAUAAUAAAUAUUCUCUCAUCAUGCACCCAUCUUGCUCAUCUGCCUCAAGGUCAAUGUUUCCAUGCUUAUAUGCUACGGCAGGAAUCGUCUUUAGGUCACAAUUUGUCUCUUGGAAAUGCUUUUAUAACAAUGUAUGCAAGAUGUGGUAGCAUGCAAAGUGCUGAAAGAAUCUUCAAAACCUUACCAAGGAGAAAUAUUAUCUCAUGGAAUGCCAUCAUAACUGGUUAUGGAAUGCAUGGUCGUGGUUCUGAUGCUAUUCUUGCCUUCUCACAAAUGCUAGAGGAUGGUUACUAUCCAAAUGAAGUAACUUUCAUAUCUGUUCUAUCAGCUUGCAGCCAUUCUGGUAUGAUAGAGGAAGGACUGCGGCUCUUUGAUUCCAUGGUUCAUGAUUUUCACAUCACCCCGCAGCUUGCUCACUAUGGAUGUGUAGUUGAUUUGCUUGGUCGUGCAGGCUGCUUAGAUGAAGCUAGAGGGUUCAUUGAAUCAAUGCCCAUCAAACCAGAUGCUUCGGUCUGGAGAGCUCUGCUUAGUGCUUAUAGGGAUCAUUGUUACACUAAAGAAGCUAAGGCCAUUUUUGAAAAAAUUGUUGAAUUGGACCCAAUGAACCCAGGGAAUUAUGUCUUGGUUUGUAAUGCAUAUGCUGCAGCAGGUCUCUGGUCAGACGUCAGACAAAUACGAACAUGUCUCAAAGCGAAGGGCCUGAGAAAGCCUCCUGGAAUGAGUUGGAUUGUUGUUAGAAGCCAGAUUCACUCUUUUGCUGCUGGAGAUAGAUCACACCCAAUGGCUGACAAAAUCUAUGCAAAUUUGAAUUCCUUGUUGCACUCAAUGAAAGAAAUUGGAUAUGUUCCUGAUCCUCAUUGGAUAUUGCAUGUUGAUGAAGAGUACAUUCAAAGAGAAGCGAAUUGUGGCCUUUAAAGUGACUUUCUGAUGGGUGCAUGCAAUCAUCUGAUGGAUGAAGCAUGGUGUUGAAUCAUGAACUAAAUCCUUUUGGUUGCAGACAGUUUUGGAGGAUGAUGACCUGAUUCCCUGCCUAGGUGUGGAUAUUGUUGAAGCUUGACUAACACUGAGAUAAAAAGUUUUGACCUGGUAACUUUUAUUCUUCCAUCAAAUGAAAGAAAUUCUUGCAAGAUUAUGAAGUCUGAAUUCUUGGGAAGAUCAUUUCACAUUUAACCAUAGACACUGGCAGAAAGGGGUCAUAUAUACGGCAGCUCAGCGUAGUAUUUCUAAUGUCAUACAUGCUUCUAUCAAAAGAAGGAAAAAUUAUGAGAUUAUGGAGCCUAAAAUUUUGGGAAGAUUGUUACACAGUAACCAUGGACAUUUGCAGAUAGAGGUCAUACAUAAUGCAGGAGGUAACAACGAUUUGGCAAUGCUAAGCACGUCAAACUUCCUAUAUUAUAAGAUUAUGUUCACCUUCUGGAAGUAACCACUCACCAAUGCAAGACCUUAAGCCUUGUGUUAGUCUUAUGUUCUGUAUAUUCUUCAUUACUUCACUAGUUAACUAGGAACAUCAUAAAUAAAUGCUGGGUGAACUUGCUUAUUCAUUAUACACAUUAAUGGAAGCAUAUGUUUUAUUCAAAUGUCUUGAA